AGAUGGACCAACUUUGUGAGGAAGCUUCACAGCUUGGAGCAACCCCGCUAACACGAGCAAAGCAGCCUUCCGCAUUCAAUUCCUUGGGAAGCGGUCAGGGUAUUUGAAAGGUUUCGGGGUUGGUCCAAAGCCGUCUUCCGCAUUCAAUUCUAGAGCUCGGUCACAAGUACGUGAUGAAGAGGUUAAGGGCCUUAAAGAAGAGGUAGCAUUAUUGAAAGGGAUAAUUCAAUCAUAUGAAGGAUGCUUUGAGCAAUUCGAACACUUUAUGAGACAAAUGCAGGGCAAUCAUAGUGGAUACGACUCUUUUGAUGAGAUACAAACGAUAUUCAAUACAAUGCAACAAUUGAAACCACAAACGAGCAUACCGCCCGAAAAUCAUGAAGAUGAGGGGGAGGAGGGGGACAAGCCAAACUACGCAUCACGUAGAAAGGGUGAAAGAUACAAUCCAAACUACGCCUUGCGUAGAAAGGGGGAAAGAAAGCCAGAUUACACCAAACUAUGCCUCGCGUAGAAUGGGUGAAAGAUACAAACCAAAGUACACAUCAUGUAGAAAGAGGGAAUACAAACCAGAACACACCAUCGGGUGAUAAGGGUGGAUGUAACAAGAUGAUACAUGCAAGAUGCAUAUGAAUGCGAUGCAAUUGCUGUAGUUGAUACGAAAUACAAUGUGAUGCAUGUUCCAUGCAAUGAAAUAGAAAAGAUGAGCAAAAGCGGUGUCUUCGAAAGCACCUCACCGGGGAGCGGGGGAGGGGGGAAGAAAUAGCAAGGAACACCUUACAAUGCUCGGGGAUAUGCCAUCACAUAUCCUGAGAUAAAAAAACCUCUCGGGGUCGCGUCUUGAGAAAACUCGCUCAGGGUUGUGUUCUUGCACGCCCUGAGAUAAAAUCUACUCGGGAACGUGUCUCACACGUCUUGAGAAAACCGCUCAGGGUUGUGUUCUUGCACGCCCUGAGAUAAAAGCUGCUUGAGAAUGUGUCUCAUGCGUCUUUAGAAAAUCGCUCAGGGUCGUGUUCCUGCACGCCCAGAGAUAAAAACCGCUUGGGAACGCAUCUUUCGCAUCCUGAGAAAAUCACUAGUGAACAUGCUCCUACAUGUUCUGGGAAAAGCCUGGGGGACAAUGAUCCUAAACGCAUUUCAGCGUAAAAAACGAUAGAUGAUACAAGAUAAUGCAUGAUGCAAAUGGAUACAAUGGGUGCGAUAGACGACAUGGUAUGUGCGAUAAGCAAUGUAGUGGAUGAUGUUUAGGCAAUGCAAUAGAAUAAACAAAGAAAGCGGCGCCUUAGAAGGCACCUCAUGGCCGGAGUGGCGAUGAACUGCCUUACUUUGACGGGGAUCUUUAUUCUGUUUUUCCAAACUUCCACCUUCGACUUACAGUUCAAACGUCCUCAAAUGCAGAAAAGAGGGUAAAACCUGCUUGAGCUCGAGGUCGAGGCACAUUCACACUUCAGAAAAAUGCGCGGGACUUGGAACAGUGCAUCCAGAAUGCAACCGGAAUUUUUUGAAGUUAAACUAAACUCAAAUACUUCAAUUUUCCCUCUUUAAGAUGAAUACAUGAUCAUCCAUGCACAGAGUAGGCAAAUUUCCAGCAAAAACACACUUUGAGUGGUCGGCCGGCUAAAAGAUGAGCCGACUGUAUAAACUAAUAGCCGGCUGGCCAAACGUAUUGACUUCAGUGGCAGUUAUGGGAUUUCACACUCGAGGCUCUUUUAAACACAUUUUUGGCUCUGCAUUUCACAUAUGUAUGAUUCGAAAACUCCCUCCCUCUCUCUCUCUCUAGAUUUUCAUUUUAUUCGCUUUACCCAGCGAUCCUCGCAAACUUUUUCUUGAAAACCCUUUUGACCCUCUAUAUUUUGAACCAAUUAGAUUUUGAUUUGGUUGAGUUUUGGGUUUCUCAUUGUUUUUGGGCUUGUUUCUCACGGGUUCUCUUGGUUUUUCUGUACUCACUCUUGAGUUCUCACUUUUCCCACUCAUUCUCUCUCCUAGGGUUUGGUUUUGGGUUUUUCACUUCUCAUUUUUCUUGCUUUUCUCUCACCAGCAAUUAGAUUUUCCAUGGCUGAUGAUGUUCCACAGGGUGGUGCCCCUUCUGUCAUCCUUGAGGGUGGCGUACCACUAGCAGAUCUUAAGGCACCCAUUCUUUUGCGUGCCGCGGAUGUAGAGGACCCGAGGUUAGAGGAUGCAGACAUUGUGACAGGGGACAUUCUUGCUGAUAUUACUACGGAGGAGAUUUAGCCUCCUGAGCUUGAGUUGCCACCACUGAGGGAGAGGCCAUUUGAUCUGGCUACUUACCACUCGCGUACUCACACGAUGGCUUUCGACGGUAUGCUGAGAUUCGAUGAUUUUGAACAGGACAUGCCUGAGGACUUUCUUUUACGAGAGCGCACAUUGCAUCUCUCCUACGAUACUUCUGAGGUAAAAACCUUUAUCCCUUCAUGUACUGUGCUUUGACAUUCAUUAUAGUCUUUCAUCCAACCAUAAAUUAAUAAAUUCUUCUUUCACUACAGUAUGUUGCUUACUCUUGGACAGGUUAUAGGGUCGUGAUGGCGAGGGAUUGGUACUAGGUGCUCCUCGCCAAGGUUUGAGAGAUGGUAGAUGAUGUAGGCUUUGACCUUUUUUACUCUGGGCUUUCACAGUUACAGGCGAGCUGGCCUCUACUUGGCGCCUUGGUGGAGAGGUGGUGGGACACCACCAACUCCUUCCACUUCUUCUCCAUAGGGGAGAUGACGAUGACGCCCUAUGAUUUUUCCAUGAUCAUCGGGCUACCAGUAGGGGGUGAUCCAAUCCCCUUUCACUUGGACAUGGGCCAGUGGCGGGCCGCUUGGGUUCAUUGCACUCCCCCAGUUGGAUAGGCCAUCCAUGGUACAAUAUAGUUGGUUCUACAACAACUUCUAUGGGAGUCAGCUAACGAUUCAGGAGCAGGUGGAGCAAUAUACACGAGGAUUCCUUAUAUAUCUUCUUGGCACCACUCUGUUUGCGAACAGGUGGAACACCGUGGGUUUAUACCUUCUGAGUGCACUAGUGGUGUUGCCAUGGGUUCGCUUCUAUAACUGGGGCGGUGCUGGCCUCGCCAUCCUAUAUAGUUACACGAGUUUCGGUUCCCGUAAGAAAGGGAACAAGGUUGGCUGCUACUGGAGAGCUUGGCAGCUCUGGGCCUACGCUUAUUUUCCUGCUCUUGCCCCGAUUCCGAAGGAUGAGGUGGCACCAACUGUGCCUUGCUGGAGGUUGUACGAUGGCAAGUGCUACCCCCGUUGCUGCACCGUCACUACUUUUGCUUUCUACCGUCACUUUUUUGAUAUAGUGAUGAGUGAUGACCCAUGAGAUCACUUGGUAGCCUUGGGUGAUUAUGCUCGCUGGGACAAGAGACGACUACGCCGAUUCUUGGGAGACCUCCCGGUCGAGGAUUUUGCUGGAGGGCUCUUUUCACAGGACUUGGUAUUUAGGGGAGCACUUUGUGCGCCAGACUCUGGACCUUGCCGGCCCUAUUGUUCCUGCUCCCCCUUCUUCAUUUAUGAGGACUGCCGACAGUCUCCUUGUCGAGGCUAUUGUGACAUUCAUGGUAGGGCAGGACAGUGAUCUGUACCGCAGGACAGGGGACCACACUACUUUUAUUUGAACCCACCCUAUGCCGCCUUUGACUAGAGUUUGCGCGGGUGACGGCGCUGACGUACCUGCCACUGGAGGUGCUGUUCUUGUAGCUAAGCUUGACGCUGGAGGCGUUGCCCCUGUUGUUCAUAUGGCCAGUCUUCCUGUGAUCCUGACUGUGAUCACUUACUGGUGGCCGAAUGAUACAUCCCAUCAGAUUCCAUUCGAGCAUUGGAGGAGCGUGCCGGUGGGCUAUGUGGACGACCUUUUCGAGCUGGUUGAUUCCUUAGUUCACAUGGUGCAGAGGAGGGAGGCAUUGCUCGCUUGUCACUGUCAUCAGGCUCAAAGAUUGGAUGGCCACUUUGGAUGGCACAGAAAAGAGAUGUGUCCUACUCUUGAAGAGUUUCAAGCGCUAAUGGAGUCUCGUCGCAAUGAAGAGAUCAUGCCUCAACCCCUCUUUGGCCAUACACGAGCUCUUGAACAGAUGUGUGGCCUCUCUUUCAAUGAGGCUAAAUCAUUGGCUCACGAUGGAGAAUUGGACAUUCCUAGCUUGAUUCGCCGUUUCUCCGGUAUCAGAAAUAGGCGUGAUCUUCUUUGGCAAGGUUAUCGCCAACACGCUCUCUGCUUGUGCUUGCUUGCCCAUUAUCUUCUUGCCCCUAGUGUUAGCGGAGUCAGUAUUAGAUUGAUCGAAGUGGCCCAACGCCUUAAAGAGGGCCGAAGCUGUAUAGGCUUGGCACUGGCCGAAACCUUAAUGGGUUUGGAUGCUUUCCACUGGCGAGAGACUUUUUGGUUUGCGGGGAGUCCACUGCUUCUCCAGGUGUGGCUGAUGGAUAAGCUGAAAGUUGUGGACCCUUGCUCCGAGUGCUCUGUUAGAUCCUACUUCUUUUGCUCACAACUGGUGAGCUUUCCCACAGAGGGGUUUGUCAGCUAUGUUAGAUGCAGAGUAUGUGUGAUUGUUUUAUCUUCCCCAGCCCCAAGGACAAAGAUAUGUAGGUUCCUCCUUCCCACUUGAAUUCUGCUUCACUGUUUAUAUCAAACUUCAAAUGGGGUAUUCUCAAUUUUGUUGUUCUUUUCAAAUCAAUAGGUUUUCUUUGGUCUCACUUGUGCACAAUGGUUCUUCAACAUAUUUGUUGGAUUCUUAGGCAAACCAAUUGCAGCGGGCAUAAAGAUGAUUGGCGUGGACACGUAACUUAGAAAAUGCUGAUUUUGGAAUUAAAAGUACAAGCUUCGGCCUGGUAAAAUAGCUCUAACUUCCUUAUUCUGAAGCGAAAGACGAUAUUGAACACAAAGGAUGAUGUGCCAUUACCUUGUUUGAGUAGAAGAUCUAAAGGUUAAAUGAAAAUUUGGAAUCUUACUAUCACCAAUUACUACCACCAUUGUUGGUUUGCUUUGUAACAUUCCAAAUUUCAGUUUAAUUUUCUUUAGUCCUCUUUUCAAAACUUGGAAUUUUGCUAUUGUUUAUGACUAUGCUGGAAUUGAAUGAUUAUGUAGAAACGGAUGGAAGUGUAGAGGUUAGGAUGGUAAGAAUUAAUGGCUUUAUUCCAAAAUUUGCAAGAAUGCAUACAUUCAUCUUCCAGACAAGCACACCCAGCAAGCAAAUAAAUUAGAUAUGUUGCAAGGCUGUGACUGUGAACCUAUUUAAAAUAAUGUCUCAGUUGCAUUUGUAUGUGAGCAGAGUUGCAUGGUUGGAUUUAUUUAGGCUGCUUUGGUCCAACUUGGUAUUGUCAGGUGCAAAUGUAAGCUUGCAUGAAAGUGGAAGUUCUUGAUAGGAUGCAAAAACACAUAAGAGAGGAGAAUGUUGUUGAAGGAUAUCUAAUUUGGGAAUUGAAUCUGUUCAAAGACCUUUUGCUUUCUUUACGAGAAGCACACAAACAGUCUAUGCAAGAGAGAUACAGAUAAACCGGAUGGUGUUUCCUCUUUGCAGACAUUGAUGUAGGAGUAGAAAAUAUUAUCCAAGUUGUUAGUCGUUCCUUGCAUUUAUGUUUUAGUUAAAUAUCACUCUUAUGGAUGAUGAUGAAUUAUGGACUGAAAACACUGAAGUUUGAGAAGUGGUGGUUUAUUUUAGAAAUUAUAGUCUGGAUGUGAUAUUAUGAUGUAAUAGGAUUUGACCAAAUGGAUUUUGCAAAUUGCCCACUUUUGUUUGUAA